CGAUAAGUGAGUUUGUUUCCGGUUGUGUCUCUUAUGUGUAACACACUCAGCUGCAGUGAAGUUGAACCUUAAACGCUGGAAACGUCGAGUUUGGAUUUACACACUUUUCUGGCUCCACUACAUUCGAGUCUGUUAGGCUCGGACAAGAGAGUAAAGUGUCUUUGGUGAUGUAAAUAAAGCGGUUUGAGAAGGAUUGUUUUGGGCAGAAGAAACAUGUCUGGAUGAAGAAGAGAGUUUAUCGCCUUCAAACUGCAGGUUUCUGUAAUGACUGGUUAAUUUGGGUAUAAUGGAGACGAAGGCACAGGUUUUAUAUGAUUUCACGGCAGAGCCUGGGAAUAAUGAGCUGUCGGUUCGAGAGGGUGAGACAAUCACAAUAACCAACCGGAACAUUGGUGGAGGAUGGCUUGAGGCAAAGAACUCCAGAGGAGAGGUCGGAUUGGUGCCAGAGGACUAUAUAGAGAUUAACCAGGCUAAGCCUUUUACUUCUGGAGGAAAUGCAGCCCCCCUCGAUCUCUCGUUCUUCGACAGUCACAUGCCGACCCCGGCCAGCACCGCACAGGUGGAUGUAGCUCAGCCGGAGACUCCAGUCACCCCAGGAUUUUCAUCCACCUCCCCUGAUGAGACAAGUAAUGGUAAUGACCCAUGGGCAGUGUUUGAUAGUAAUGCAUCUGGGGGGUUUUCUAAUAACUGGGCAGCUCAGCCAGAGGGCACCGAGACGGGGAAAACCAGCAGCAAUGCAUGGCCUUCUGGAGGACAGGGGCAUCCGCAGGCCUACCAGGGUCCAGGCGCAGAAGAUGAUGAGUGGGACGAGGAGUGGGAUGACGUGAAGUCAUCGGGUGGCUAUGCUGAAUCUGAAGCUGGAGAGGGCGGAGCUAUAAACAGAGGCGGAGCUCAUGGUUCAUCCAUGAAAAUUGCCCUCAACAAAUUUCCUGGUUUCUCUAAAUCAGGUCCUGAGCUGUACUUGCUGUCCAAACUGCCCGCCAAAGGAACCAAACUGUCUGUUUAUACAGGAGAAGUUGGCCCAGUGUGGGCGUAUCCAGACUAUCAGCUGGACUGUGUUGUCGCUGACCCUAAAAAGGGCUCCAAAAUGUAUGGCCUCAAGAGUUACAUUGAGUACCAAGUCAUACCCACUACCACGAACAAGCCUGUCAUUCACAGGUACAAGCACUUCGAUUGGUUAUAUGAAAGGCUUUUGGAAAAAUUUGGAUCGGCUAUUCCAAUCCCCUCUCUGCCUGAUAAGCAGGUGACAGGUCGCUUUGAGGAGGAAUUUAUAAAAAUGCGCAUGGAAAGGCUUCAGGGUUGGAUGUCGCGAAUGUGCCGGCAUCCCGUUGUCUCCAGCAGUGAAGUCUUCCAGCUGUUUCUCUCGUACAAAGAUGAGAAGGACUGGAAAAUGGGAAAGAGAAAAGCAGAAAAAGAUGAGACCGUCGGAGUCAUGGUUUUCUCCACGAUAGAGCCCGAGGGACUGCCAGACCUGGACCUGACUGAAGUAGAGCAGAAGUGUGAACAGUUCAACCGUUUCACCAAGGCAAUGGAUGAUGGUGUGAAAGACUUGCUGACAGUAGGAAAUGAACACUGGAAACGCUGCACAGGCCCUCUUCCAAAGGAAUAUCAACGGAUUGGCAAAGCUUUCCAAAACCUGUCCUCGGUGUUCAUCAGCAGUGGAUAUGAAGGAGAGGCUGUGCUCACAGAUGCACUGACGGCAGCAGGAAAGACCUACGAGGAGAUUGCUCAGAUGGUGGCAGAGCAGCCCAAGAAAGACCUUCACUUCCUCAUGGAAACUAACAAUGAGUACAAAGGUCUGCUGGGAUGCUUUCCUGAUACUAUUGGCGUUCACAAGGCUGCCAUAGAGAAGGUAAAGGAAGCAGAUAAACUAGUGGCUGCGGGUAAAAUCACCCCCUCAGAUAAGAUCACCAUGUCGAAACGUGCCAGCACCAUGUCUUACUCUCUGCAAGCCGAAAUGAACCACUUCCAUAGCAACCGUAUCUAUGACUACAACAGGGUGAUGCAGCAGUACCUGGAGCAGCAAGUCAAAUUCUAUGAGAUGAUUGCAGAGAAACUACGACACGCUCAUGGUCAGUUCACUACUAUGUAACGGCGGAGAAGCUGCCUCACUCUUUCUCUCUCUUCUUCUUACACGAUUAUUCUCGUUCUGUUUUCUGUUCAUGUUAUUGGUGUCAUGAUGUCAGUGCCAUAAAAAUCUCCUGUCGAUCUCAGGCCAAAGAUAGCAGCGAUCAUGUCCUGCAUGAGCACUGGCCGAGCUCAAGUGUUUUUAAAAAGCAGCUACAGAUUGUGACUAAAAUAUCAGAUUAUAUGGGAGCUUGAAUUAUUAUAAUUAUGUAGUUGUUGAUUUGAUGGAUGUUCCAAGGUUUGUUAGUUUUGAUUAAUGAUAAAUAUGAAAGAUGCAGAGAGAGACGCAACAUUUAUACAACACAUGCUUUUAUACAAGUGAUCUAAAGAGAUUCUGGUGCAUGUAUGAGGCCAAGCCAAGUUUGAUUGUGCCUGGAUUUGUAGAGACCCUGCAAAAAAAUAAAUAUAUACAUGCCCCACUGCACUUUACUGUGGCCUUUCAGAUGCAUCAUCCUGUUUGUGUUUGGUCUCAAAAACAAUCCCAGUCAUUUUCAUUGAACUUUUCUGGAGAUGAUAACCGGAGGGCUGGUCCUUUUUCCCCAUAAGAGACAUUGUGACAUUAAUUUUCUCUCCCCAAAGCCAAAUAACAAACCAAGAUUAUGCUCAGCUUGAUGCUUCCACCUCAGUGCAAUUAUCACUAAUUUGUUAUCCUGUAAAAAUCACAUUAUACUCCACCUGAUGCAUGUUGUUCAUAUAUAUUUUUAUGUAUAGCAGUGGUUGCAAGUCUUUUGCACGCAUAAUGACAAAACAAUUGAGAUUAUGAUUUAAUAAAAACUGAUUUGUAUGCUA